AUGAAGUUUCUUUUCUCUAGCAAACGCCAUUACAUCACUUUUGCUUCUCUAAAAACUUUCGAAAACCCAGAACCCAAAGCAUACAAAAUCAUCCAUUGCUGCAAAACUGGUGCACUUUUUGAAGCAAUUCAUCUCCUAAACUCCAUAGACUGGACAAAACUCUUCAACAAACCGUUCUUUUAUGCUUCUCUCUUGCAAACUUGUACUAAAGUUGUCUCCUUUAAUCAUGGUCUCCAAUUCCAUGCUCAUGUUAUCAAAUCCGGUCUUGACACUGAUAGAUUUGUAGGGAAUAGUUUGCUUGCACUUUAUUUCAAGUUGGGUCCUAAUUUUUCUGAGGCAAGAAGGGUUUUUGAUGGAUUGUUUUGCAAAGAUGUGAUUUCUUGGACUUCGAUGAUAACUGGUUAUGUUAAGGUAGAAAAACCAAAGAAGUCUCUUGAAUUGUUUAUGGAAAUGUUGGGUCUUGGUAUCGAGCCAAAUGGGUUCACCUUAUCUGCUGUGAUAAAGGCGUGUUCGGAACUUGGCGACUUAAGACUUGGUAAAUGCUUUCAUGGGGUGGUUAUGAUUCGUGGGUUUGAUUUGAAUGAUGUUAUCUCUACUGCUUUGAUUGAUAUGUAUGGAAGGAAUUCUGCAGUGGAUGAUGUGAGCCGGGUGUUUGUUGAAUUGCCUCAACCAGAUGCUGUUUGUUGGACUUCUAUCAUUUCGGCAUUUACCAGGAAUGAUGUUUAUGAUAAAUCUGUAGGAUUCUUUUAUUUAAUGUAUAGGAAAUAUGGGUUGUUUCCGGAUAUGUUUACGUUUGGGACGGUGCUGACUGCUUGUGGUAAUUUGGGGAGGUUGAAACAAGGUAAAGAAGUGCAUGCUAAGGUUAUUACUUCAGGAUUGAGUGGAAAUGUUUUUGUUGAGAGCAGCCUUGUUGAUAUGUAUGGGAAAUGUAGGUUGGUUACUGAAUCUCAAUGCGUUUUUGAUAGAAUGAGUGUGAAGAAUUCAGUUUCCUGGACUGCAUUGUUAGGGGGAUAUUGUCAAAAUGGUGACUUUGAAUCUGUUAUUAGGAUUUUCAGAGAAGGGGAAAAGGCUGAUACCUAUAGUUUUGGAACUGUUCUUCGCGCUUGUGCAGGCUUGGCAGCAAUAAGACAAGGGAAAGAGGUCCACUGCCAGUAUGUGAGAAGGUGUAGUUGGAGAGAUGUGAUCACAGAAUCAGCUUUAGUUGAUCUUUAUGCAAAAUGUGGUUGUGUUGAUUUUGCACAGACAAUUUUUGUGCGGAUGCCAGUUAGAAAUUUGAUAACAUGGAACUCAAUGAUUUAUGGAUUUGCUCAGAAUGGAAGAGGGGAAGAAGUUCUUAAAUUAUUUGAUGAGAUGAUCGAGGAGGGGAUUAAGCCUGAUUAUAUUAGUUUUGUCGGGGUUCUUUUUGCCUGUAGUCAUGCUGGUUUGGUUGACCAAGGGCGGAAAUAUUUUGCAGCGAUGACUGAGGUAUAUGACAUUAAACCAGGAGCAGAGCAUUACAAUUGCAUGAUUGAUCUUCUAGGGCGUGCUGGUUUGCUUGAAGAAGCUGAAAAUUUGAUAGAGAAUGCAGAUUGCAGAGAUGAUUCAUCUCUUUGGACAGUUCUUCUUGGUGCUUGUGCAGCCAGUCCACACUCUGCCAUUGCAGAGAGCAUUGCAAAGAAAGCGAUGGAAUGGAAACCUGACCACCACUUGAGCUAUGUUUAUCUAGCUAAUGUCUAUAGAGCAGUUGGCCGAUGGGAUGAUGCUGUUAAGAUUCGGAAUUUAAUGACAAAGAGAGGGGUUGACAAAAUGCCUGGCAAAAGUUGGAUUGAGACUUAA